AUGUCGGGGCUCGAGAUUCUCGGAGCCGUGGCGAGCUCCAUCGCCCUCGCGCAAGCCGUGCAAGGAACCAUCAAGGCUGUCAACCUGUUGCGAGAGAUCCGUCAGAUUCGACAGCAAUGCGACGACCUUAAGAAGGAGAUCGUUACGAUCGACGGAUUCAUCCUCGAGGCUAUGCGACAGACGGGCCUACCGUUACGCCCACAACCCCCUCCAGGGACGACGCAGGAACACCCGAUGGUUUCGCUUGCAGUCCAGGAGCUUCAGGGGAUCCUGGAAGCACUCAACCAGAUCGUGUCAAAGUACUCAAACGAUCGCAAAUGGCACGACCCGAGGCGAAUAACGAGGAAGAUGCAAUGGCUCACCGAGAGUAAGAAGAUUGAGGAGCUUGCGCGGAAAGCCCAGAACACAAAGCUCAACCUGCAUUUGGCGAUCACUUUGAGGACUUCAUCCUCGGUGGAUAGAGUCGGAACACAGCAAGAAGUGAUUCUACACUCAAUCAAGCAGCGCACGGUCUAUUACCUGGAAGGCAACCAACAAAGCCAAACGGGACUACUCAACAGCCCUCUCCGUGGUCCAAUUCAGGCUCCAGUCAUUGGCCCUGUAAAGAGGCAGGUGGAAGAAAUCGAGUCAGAAGGCGACUCAUGCUCGGAGACCAGCGAGGCCUCCACCCAGUCCAUGACGGAUUCAUUGCAGCUGGGCGAGUUUCAGAGCAGUUUCCUAUCAGAUGAGAGUGGUGGCUGUGCCAUGUACACUCAAGAGGAAAGCUACAUGAGCAUAACGGCGAUCCAGCCUUUGGGAACGCGCAGAUGCGGACAAGACUGCCAAUGCCGCUGCCACGGAAAUAUUGGAGAAUACGAAAACUACUCGUGGAUGUCAACAGUCAAUGCGGACCAAGCAUGGGGCCGGAGUUCGAAUACCAACCCCCCAGAUGGCUCUGGGCUGGAGUGGCUCCCUUUGGAGGGUAUCGAGGCGGACAGCCGACUCUGA